CUGGCGGCAGCGGGCCCGGGAGCGGGGCGGCGGUGGCGGCCGGAGUCGCGAUGGGCCCGCGGCGGGCGGCGCUGGGGCUGGCGCUGGGGCUGGCGCUGGCGGCGGCGGCGGCUCUGGGGCUGCGGGUACCGGCACGGCACCGGGCACGGUUCCCUCGCGGCAGCAACGGGCUGGCGGCGGCCGGAGGAGGAGAGGCCUGCGGCGGCCUGCGCGGAGACCCAGCCGCCCUGGGCAACAACACGCACCAGUGCAUCUUCGAUGACCUCAGCGGCUCCGUGUCCCUGUCCUGGGUUGGGGACAGCACCGGGGUGGUCCUGGUGCUCACCACCUUCCAGGUGCCGCUGGUGAUUAUGAGCUUCGGGCAGUCCAAGCUGUACCGCAGUGAGGACUAUGGGAAGACCUUCAAGGACAUCACCGGGCUGAUCAACAACACCUUCAUCCGCACCGAGUUCGGCAUGGCCAUCGGCCCCGGCAGCUCCGGCAAGGUGAUCCUGACGGGGGACGUCUCGGGGGGCAGCCGGGGCGGUCGCAUCUUCCGCUCCUCCGACUUCGCCAAGCACUUCGUGCAGACAGAGCUCCCCUUCCACCCGCUGCUGCAGGUCUCCUACCACCCCCACAACGCCAACUACCUGCUGGCCCUCAGCACCGAGAAUGGCCUCUGGAUCUCCAAGGACUUUGGGGAGAGCUGGGAGGAGAUCCACAAAGCUGUCUGCCUGGCCAAGUGGGGUUCCAAUGAUGUCAUCUUCUUCACCACCUACCUGAACAACUCCUGUAAAGCUGACCUGGGGCUGCUGGAGCUCAAGAGGACCAACGACUUCGGCAGGACCUUCAAGGUCAUCGGCACCAAGAUCUACUCCUUCGGCCUGGGGGGUCGCUUCCUCUUCGCCUCUGUCAUGACAGAGAAGGGCAGCACCAGGCGCAUCCACGUCUCCCUGGACCAGGGGGAGAGCUGGAACAUGGCUCAGCUGCCCUCCGUGGGCCACGAGCAGUUCUACUCCAUCCUGGCUGCCAACGACGACUUGGUCUUCAUGCACGUGGAUGAGCCUGGAGACACCGGCUUCGGCACCAUCUACACCUCGGACGACCGCGGCAUCGUCUACUCCAAGUCGCUGGAGCGCCACCUCUACACCACCACGGGCGGCGAGACCGACUUCACCAACGUCACCUCCCUGCGGGGCAUCUACAUCACCAGCGUCCUCUCCGAGGACAACUCCAUCCAGUCUGUCAUCACCUUUGACCGCGGGGGGGAGUGGGUGCCCCUGCGGAAGCCCAAGAACACCACCUGUGACUCCACAGCCAGGAGCAAGGAGGAGUGCAGUCUCCACAUCCACGCCUCCUACAGCAUCUCCCAGAAGCUCAACGUCCCCAUGGCUCCGCUCUCCGAGCCCAACGCCGUCGGCAUCAUCAUCGCCCACGGCAGCGUGGGGGGGGCCAUCUCCGUGAUGAGCCCUGACGUCUACAUCUCCGACGACGGAGGCUACACCUGGGCCCGGAUGCUGGAGGGGCCUCACCACUACGCCAUCCUCGACUCAGGGGGGCUCAUCGUGGCCAUUGAGCACACCAGCCAGCCUGUCAACGUCAUCCAGUUCUCCACGGACGAGGGGCAGUGCUGGUACCAGUACAGCUUCUCGGCGGAGCCGAUCUUCUUCACGGGGCUGGCCUCGGAGCCCGGCGCUCGCUCCAUGAACGUCAGCGUCUGGGGCUUCCGCGGCAGCUUCCUCUCCCGCCAGUGGGUGUCCUACACCAUCGACUUCAGCCAGCUGCUCGCCAGGACCUGCGAGGACAAGGACUACAUCAUCUGGCUGGCUCACUCCAGCAACAGCAGCGACCCCAGCGACGGCUGCAUCCUGGGCUACAAGGAGCAGUACCGGCGGCUGCGCAAGUCCUCCCUCUGCCACAACGGCAGGGACUACGUCGUCACCAAGCAGCCCUCCGUCUGCCCCUGCACCCUCGAGGACUUCCUCUGUGACUUUGGCUACUUCCGGCCGGAGAACCACUCCGAGUGCGUGGAGCAGCCGGAGCUGAAGGGCCACGACCUGGAGUUCUGCCUCUACGGGCGGCGAGAGCUGCUGCGCACCAGCGGGUACCGCAAGAUCCCUGGGGACAAAUGUGCAGGGGGGGAGAGCCCCAGCCGGGAGGAGAAGGACAUGAAGAAGAAAUGCACCAGCAACCUCCUCAGCCCCGGGCAGCUGGCAGCCUCGCCCAGCUCCGUGCCCAUCGUGCUGGCCGUGGUGGCAGUGCUGCUGCUGAGCGCCGCGGCUGGCACCCUGCUGGUCAAGAAGUACAUCUGUGGGGGCAGGUUCCUGGUGCAUCGCUACUCGGUGCUGCGGCAGCAGGCAGAGGCCAACGGCGCCGAGGGGCUGGAGGGGCUGGGCAGUGCCAGCUGUGCCACCAAGGGAGGCUACCACGACGACUCCGACGAGGACCUCCUGGAGUGA